UAGAACAUAAAUCGCAUACAAACCUUCAUAUUCAUCUAUUACGCAUAAACUACUUUAGUAGUACAGUAAUUACUUAUCGUGCAGAUUUAUGAAUUAAAAGAGGGUAUCUUGAAUUAACUUAUCAUAAAUAUUUGAGCUAAUUGCGGGUGUUCUGAUUGUUUUUACAUAAUUGACUGCGGCCAUUACGGUCGCGAAAAUAAUUUAAUAAAAUGUAUCCAUUUUAAUCCUUCCUUAAAUUGACGAUUUUUAAUUCAAAAUGAUUUUAUUCAUACUAGAAUAUACGUGGGCGUAUAUUUCUAGUAUAAGUUUGCAAACUAUAAUACGUUGUACAUUGGUGGUGCUCGUUACGGCUUUAAUUUCCUGUCAUGUAAUACAGAAAGUCAAGUAUUUGAAAAAGCUCCCUCCUGGACCAUGGGGAUUGCCUAUAUUGGGUUGUCUCCCCUGGAUGAGCCAAGGCGCUCCACAUUCCUGGUAUCUCUCUCUUGCGGCUCGUUAUGGUGAUCUAUUCUCCUUGAAACUUGGCUCUAAUCUGGUAGUUUGCAUCGGGUCGCCGAAGAUAUUACGGGAUGUUUUUAAUAGACUUGACUCAACUGGCCGUCCCCACACCCCGCUUAACAAUUUGCUCGGAGGUUUUGGAAUUAUUCUUAGCGAGGGUGAACUUUGGAAGCGUCAACGUCAAUUUCUUCAUGAAAAAUUCCGAGCCCUCGGAGUCAAAUUGUGGACAAACCAGCGCUUCGAAAAGUUUAUAAUUGCUGAAAUAGAAGAAUUUUUGACUCAACUGGAAAACCGAAAAGGCCAAGCAUUAGACCCCGUUCUUGUUUUCGGUAGACACAUGCACAAUAUUAUUUGUCAAUUGAUGAUGAGCUUCCGCUUUGAGGAAAAUGACCCUAACUUCGAGUUAUUUAAUGAGCGUAUUUCGAGAGGAAUGAAGCUGUAUGGAUCAGUGCAUAUUGGAGAGCAUUUGUCUCAUUAUAUGAAAUUGCCGGGGAAAAUGGCUGUUUUAAAAGAAAUACAAGCAAACUUGAACGAUAUCUGCAAUUUUCACGAGCAUCACCUUAAGAAAAGAGAAGAGAAAUACUUGAAUAAAAGAAUCGGACAUUAUGAACCCGAAGAUCUUUUGGACUAUUACGUUGUUCAAAUCCAAAAAGAGAAGGACAAUGAUUUACUGCCGUCAAUCUUCAAGGAUAAUUGCAAAGUGCAGCAAGUGGUGCAAGUAAUGAACGACCUUUUUUCCGCGGGAAUGGAGACAUCGAGAACUGCUAUCGUGUGGAUCCUCAUUAUCAUGCUGAAGGAACCCGAAGUUGCAGCGAAAGUGCGGUCUGAUCUAGCAGAGGUUGUGGGAGUUGGGAAUCUGGUGACCUUGGAAGAUCGUUUGGCGUUGCCGUACGUGGAAGCUGUCAUUUUUGAAACGCUUCGUAGAGUGUCUGUUGUACCCCUCGGAACAUCUCACGUGAACCUCAGGAAAUGGGAUAUCAACGGUUACACGAUUCCAGCUGGCACCAUCAUCGUACCUCUGAUUAAUAAAAUGAACAUGGACCCGGAGCUGUUUCCUGAACCGGAAAAAUUUAUACCGGAGCGAUUCCUCAAGAAUGGAAAGGUUUUUAUUCCGGAUUACUUUAUGCCUUUUGGAGUUGGUCGUCGAGUUUGUCUUGGAGAGCAACUUGCUAGAAUGGAACUGUUUUUGUUCUUCGCUAAUUUGAUGAACCAUUACGAGAUUGCGAUGCCGGAAGGGGAAGCUAUUCCUGAUCUUGAGGGAACGUUCGGCACUACCCAUGCCCCGCUACCGUACAAGCUUGUGUUUAAGAAGUUGGUUACUUAAACCAUGGUGGUGCUUAAUGCAUUAGUCUCAGGCAAUUGUACUUAAUCUGUACUCAAUAUGGUAUUUUCCAUUGUAUGUAGCAAAUUCCCUGUUGGUUUAGUUUUAGCAUCGGAUUAUAUAACCAUACAAACGGAAAUGUAUUUUCGUGCACAAAAUACGUUUGCAGUUUUCAAAUACUCAGUGAAUAAGUUACAUAUAAUAAGUUCCCAGUGACCAAUAAUUUUAAUAAAAUAUCUACUGUUUUAUUGAGUGUCCCAGUGAUAUGUGUGUUGACAAAUGCAUUAAGCAGCAAUGUGAAAUCUUCCAUUUUUCUAUUUCAUUUUAUUAUUAGAAUUAGUUUUAUGUGCCAACGAGGCAACUUUUUUACCAAUUUUAUGACAUUUUUUUUUCUUAUUUUGAUGUAUUAGAUUAAGGAUAGUUUUAAAGAACGUGACAUUUUUUUAUUUCACUUAAUAAGUUAGUGCACUGUGCACAAAAUUUCAAUAAUUUUUGAUUGUGUCUUUUUAUUUUCGUUUAAUUUAGAAUAAGUAUGACCGUCUCAAAAUAAAGAUGGUGAGUGCGUGCAUUAAUGACUUGUCAUGAAUUUUUUCAAUAAUUUUCAGUGUUAUGAUAUGUAAUAAAUAUUCAAUAAAAUGCUUUAUAGAACCUUAUUAAAUUUACUUUUUAUAUACUCGAUUGUUUACAAGAUGAUGAAUUUUUGCCGAAUAUCGUAAUGCCGUCCGUUGCAUGCAAGGCGCACUCUUAGAUAUUAAGAUUUUCUUUUAUUUUAAUUCCGGUCAAUGUAAACUUUCAUCGUUGCGUAAAUUCCCAUAGAGCUGGAAAUUUUUAUGUAAUCUGGGAACACCUUCAGUUUAUAAACGUGAUGUGAAAAGAACCAUUCGAACUUGGGACAUAAAGACUAUCUCUAAGGAAUUUAUGCAACCACAGCUGUUUUGGUCUACGUUGAUCGGAUCAUUUCAUGACUUAUUUUGAUUAUUCUUGAUUAUAUUUUAGUUUAAGUAAUGUGACAUUAAAAUGAAAUAAUGUUUUGAUAUUAUUCCAAUUAUUCUACUUAUUAAUUGUAAUCAUUAUUAUAUA